CGUGAAUCGCAGUUCAAAGAUAUCUUCAAUUAUGUCGAAAGCAAACUCAUUGAAGGCAACGGCGGAUGUAUGUAUAUCUCUGGAGUUCCCGGCACUGGCAAGACGGCCACCGUUCGCGAAGUCCGCCGUAAACUCGAGUCCAGCCAUAAAUACCCGGAGUUUUUGUUCAUCGAAGUCAAUGGUCUUAAGCUAAGCGAUCCGUUCCAGUGCUACGUUCAGAUUCAUUACGAGUUGACGGGAGAGAAGAAGUCUUCGUACGCGGCGGCCGACGCUCUCAAUGACCGGUUCACUGACGCGGACGGCGACCAGCGAUUCGUUAUCCUAUUUGUCGAUGAAUUGGAUUUAUUGCGGACCCGAAAGCAAAACAUUUUAUACCAUUUGUUUGAUUGGCCGACGAGACGACACUCGAAGCUCAUUGUGCUGGCGAUCGCCAACUCCAUGGAUUUGCCCGAAAAACUGAUGAUCAAUAGGGUGUCCAGUCGUCUGGGACUGACUCGGCUGUCGUUCCACCCGUACUCAUACAAAGAGCUCGAGGCUAUUGUCGAG